AUGCCCCCGAAGCGAAAGAGGACCGGCCCCCAGCCUCGGCAGACUCGGUCCCCGCCAACCCAAUCCGACACGCCGAGGAGGAGCAGCCGAAGAACGGCAAAGGGCGCCGAACAGCAGCGAGACGGCCCCUCCAAGUCCACGGCCACGUUGAGUUUGAGAGAAGCCGUCGAGCGCGCCAUGCAAGACUUGAGUCAGAUAGAGCACAAGUUGCACAGCGACGCCAAGAGGCAGCGUCUGGCCGUCGAAAGUUCCGACUUGAGCGUCUUGGCCGAGGCGGGCACUGCCGAUCAACCAUCAAGUACCGCGUCCACCAUGGCGGCGGCGGCGGCGAAAAAUCGCCCUCACGACGAUGCCGCCCCUGGCGUUGCAGGCGCUGCUCUGGAUGUGAACGCCAUCUUGCCUGGCCUCGCCUCCGAAGGGGACGUCCAAGAGAGGGGUGCCAGACGACGGCCCCCCGUAAACAGUGAGAAACUGCCUCUACCCUGGUCCGGUCGGUUGGGUUAUGCCUGUCUCAACACGUAUCUGAGAGCCGCAAACCCACCGGUGUUCUGCUCGCGGACUUGUCGCCUGACUUCGAUACUUGAGCACCGGCAUCCGUUGCUGGACCCUUCUCAGCCUGAGCACGCCACCAAGAACCGCCCCGACAAGUCGCAGCCGGCCGACGUCAAGCGGGGCCUCGCUUAUAUGCAGGACAUUGGCUUCGCCAACGCCGCCGACAUUGUCAAGAUGAUUCGCUGGAACGACAACCACAAGGAGCACGGCUACCGUCUGGCCCCCUUUGCCUCGGGCGUCUUGGCCAAGGCCGGCAGGGUGGCCGCGGAGUUAGGCCAUCGCCUCACGACGCAUCCUGGGCAGUUUACGCAAAUCGGCAGCCCGAGGCCUGAGGUUGUUGAGGCAGCGAUGCGCGACCUGGAGUAUCAUAACGAGAUGCUCUCCCUGUUGAAGCUCCCUGAUCAGCUCAACAGAGACGCUAUCAUGAUCUUGCACAUGGGUGGCACAUAUGGCGACAAAGAUGCCACGCUUGCCCGGUUCCGCAACAACUACGCCAAGUUGUCGGAUGGAGUCAAACGCAGGCUGGCACUAGAAAACGACGACGUCUCGUGGAGCGUGCAUGACCUGCUUCCCAUAUGCGAGGAACUCAACAUCCCGCUCGUGCUCGACUUUCACCACCACAACAUCGUCUUUGACCCGAGCAUCCGGGAAGGAACCCAUGAUAUCGUGGGCAUGUAUUCCCGGAUCAGGGCGACGUGGACGAGGAAGAUGAUAACCCAGAAGAUGCACUACAGCGAGCCGACGGCCGCGGCCGUGACGCCUCGUGACCGCAGGAAGCACUCGCCGCGGGUCAAGACCCUGCCUCCUUGCGCACCGGACAUGGACCUGAUGAUUGAAGCCAAGGACAGUGGUGCCGCAUGA